ACAGUUUGCUAAGCAGCAGCUUCUCCUGGCAUAAGACCCUCAAGUCUCCUCAUCAGACAAAUUGGGACCAUGCUUAGUGCCCUGCACCCACAGUAAGAAGGAGGACUCAGCACGCUUGGUCCAGCAGAGUUAAGAGGAAGAUUUAUGAGGCGUGGAGCCCUUCGUCUGGUUUGAAAGAAAGUAGAGUGAACGUAGAGAUGCCAGACUGCCACUGAGGCCCAUGGACAAUCCCACACUCACGCUUCUCAGUCGAACUUUAAGAUCGAUUAAUAAUAUGCUGCCUUUGGAAGAGGAAAAGAAACUAGUGCCAAGAAGGCAUAUUCUUCAAUAUUCGGCAUAGGCACACUUUCGAGACAAUGGCGUCAAAGGUCUCCUGUUUGUACGUGUUGACAGUCGUGUGCUGGGCCAGCGCUCUCUGGUACUUGAGUAUAACUCGUCCCACUUCCUCCUACACAGGCUCCAAGCCCUUCAGCCACCUAACAGUUGCCAGGAAAAACCUCACCUUUGGCAACAUAAGAACUCGACCUAUAAACCCACAUUCUUUUGAAUUUAUAAUAAAUGAGCCCAACAAAUGUGAGAAGAACAUUCCUUUUCUUGUUAUCCUCAUCAGCACCACCCACAAGGAAUUCGAUGCCCGCCAGGCAAUCCGCGAGACGUGGGGGGACGAGAACAACUUUAAAGGGAUCAGGAUCGCCACAGUCUUCCUCCUGGGCAAGAACGCUGAUCCUGUCCUGAACCAGAUGGUGGAGCAAGAGAGCCAAAUCUUCCACGACAUCAUCGUGGAGGACUUCAUUGACUCCUACCAUAACCUCACCCUCAAAACAUUGAUGGGGAUGAGAUGGGUGGCCACGUUUUGUUCAAAAGCCAAGUAUGUCAUGAAAACAGACAGUGAUAUUUUUGUAAAUAUGGACAACCUUAUUUAUAAACUACUGAAACCCUCCACCAAGCCAAGAAGAAGGUAUUUUACUGGCUAUGUCAUCAACGGAGGGCCCAUCCGGGAUGUCCGCAGUAAGUGGUACAUGCCCAGGGACUUGUACCCUGACAGUAACUACCCACCUUUCUGUUCGGGGACCGGCUAUAUCUUUUCAGCCGAUGUGGCAGAACUCAUUUACAAGACCUCACUCCACACAAGAUUGCUUCAUCUCGAAGAUGUAUAUGUGGGACUGUGUCUUCGAAAGCUGGGCAUACACCCUUUCCAGAACAGUGGCUUCAAUCACUGGAAAAUGGCCUAUAGUUUGUGUAGGUACCGCCGAGUUAUCACCGUGCAUCAGAUCUCUCCAGAAGAAAUGCACAGAAUCUGGAAUGACAUGUCAAGCAAGAAACAUCUCAGAUGUUAGGAUUUUUACCCAUGUAAAUACAUUUAUUUUCUUUUUUAAGAAAUGGGGCCUAAGUUAUUGGUAUUUUACAGGUGUCACCAGGGGAAAUGAACUGGUGAAGGGGUUUUAUAAAGUUUUUGCUUCCUGCUCCUAGUUCCUUUCUUGGAUUACCGAUUUACAAAUGUUAGGCUCUGGCCAUAGAUAUAAUAAAUGAUUUAGAAGGAUGAGAUUUAAUUCUCAGGUCCUAAGGAAUUGCCAUUUAUCUCAAAAAGCGACUUCCAAACAACUUCUAGGAUUUACAUUCUGUGCAUCUGAGAUAAAAAUCUGGUUCUGUGAAACUGAAACUCACAGUAAUGUCUUCAUAUCAUCUCUGUGAAAAUAAAUAAGUAAAUAACUCUUUUUCAAAAACGAUUUGGAAAUGAUGCACAGUCAAGAAGACACACUGGAUGCGAUUAGUAAUAUUGUAUGUGUUAUUGUUACAUUGAAUUUUUACAUAUAUUGCCAUGUAUGUGUACAAUGUGUGUAGUUCAGCCAAAAAAUGAACUUAGUCCUGGCAGGAAGGCUGCAGUUAAAUAGAUGGGAAUUUAAACUUGAGAAUCAAAUACUCUGUAUGUUUGGAAGACAACUCUGCUUGUUCAUCCAAGGAUUAAACCUGGUCAGCAGGUGGAAUGUAUAUAAAAUGCUACUUAAAGUAAGCAAGCAUUUUUUUUUCUUUUUUUGCUCUUUCAUAACAAACAUUACAUGGUGCCUCCAAGGAGACUUUGCCAAAUGUAAUCUCACCUGCUUUCUUCCUUACAAUGUCAUUAAGUGCAUUUCGCAGUUUCUGGAUCUGGCAGACAAAUGUCUCCAUGUGAAGAAAAUAAGUUGGUAGGAGGCCAGAGAACGAUAAACCACCUAGAGAAAACACAAAUUUAAGUAUGCAUUAUAAUUAACACAAGCUUAGCAGUGCUGUAAGAUGCCCCUCCCACACAUUUGCAAAGCACAUGAGAAAAUCUUCGAGUACCAAUAUUAUUGAAAAUGUUGGCCCUACUGUUUACAAAUGCCAUACUCUCUAACAUCUCAAACAUUUGAGUACCAUUAGCAGCAAUGCUAUUAUGAGGGCUUCUGGGGGCUCUGUGACUGAGGUUCAUGGGAAGGAAGGGUGGGGAAGCCCAGGUUCAGGUCCUGUUGAUGCCCACACUUCUGGGCCAUGUGAGCAGGCAUCUUAACCUUACUGUGCUUCAAUAUGCUCAUUUAUCAAAUGGCUGUAAAAAACACCUACCUCACAGGUACUGUGAGAGCAAAUCACAUUUGCUAAGUAUUUUGAGAUCCUUAGCUUAAAAGGUGCUAUGUAAUGCAAUGUGUCAUGCAUUAUGCUAAAUGCUAAAAUAAUUACAUAAUUACAAUGAUGACCAGUAGUAGUAACAUCAUGUCAGUUGAAAAUCUGCCAAAAUAAAGAUCAGCUGUGGACUAUCCGUGCACCUAAUUCUCCCAAGUCUUUGACUUUUCCUUGGCUACAAGUUAGGUCUUUGGGGAAGUUUCAGUUUCUCUGCUCUUUCUUCUGGUUUCAGUGAAUGAGUUAUUACUUCAGUGCGUUGCCACGGUACUGAACGUGAAGGCAGCUGCUUUUCUUUGGAAAGGCACUUCUGGCUGGGGGUAUGUUACAGUAAGUGAAGCAUAUGCUUUGCAAAGUGCAUCACAGCAACUUAGCUCUCAGGAAACAUUUGAUCGGAACUCUAAGAACUUUGAGGACAGAUAGAGCUAGUCCAUCCACCUCUAUCAAAAGAAGAAUAGGCACUCAGCAAGCCCACACGUUAUACUUCUUCUACCAUUUGUUAGAAAACUCCUGUUUCUUCUCAUUCAAAGAAAGCCCCGCAGCUGAAAGAGUACACCUUUUUAUUUAAUUAAUUAGUUAAUUUUUUUUAACCUGACCUUUGGGAGCCUCUAGACAAGUUGAUAGCAAACAGGGAAAGAAAAUCAGCAGAUGGAAGUCAUGGCCUAUUUCUUUAAAACACCAGAUCUCUCAUCCCCAUCUCCAAAGAACCCAAUAUGAGACAGGACUUCUAGUGUGGUCUGCAGGACUUUGAUUAGAGAAUGAGC